GAGGGAAUCAACCAAUCAGACCUCGCUUGUCUGUAUGGCUAACAGUACUGAAACGAUAGUCUAUAGCUGCUAGCAUUUUUAGGAGGGGCAGAGACAUUCUGAGCCAUUAUCUGGCAUUCUUGAAAUACAAAGUGGAUGCCUCUAUGAUCCAGCUACAGCGAAAUAUACCUCUCCGUACAAGACUUCAGCCAUGGCCACGGCAGGCGCAGGACCAGGCGCAGGACCGGGCACAGCAGAGCCAAAUCGGCCAGGCCCGCAGAGGAAGAUGUCCACCACAGGGGAAAGCCUGUACAAGGUGCUCGGCCUGGAGAAAGGAGCUUCCGCUGAUGACAUCAAGAGAGCUUACAGGAAAUUAGCAUUGAAGUACCACCCAGACAAGAACCCAGACAACCCGGAGGCUGCAGAUAAGUUUAAAGAGAUAAACAACGCCAACUCCAUCCUGAACGAUGACGGCAAGAGGAGGAUCUACGAAGAGUACGGCUCCAUGGGUCUCUACGUGUCCGAGCAGUUUGGAGAGGAGAGCGUCAAAUACUACUUCCUCAUGUCCAAGUGGUGGUUUAAGACCAUGGCCGUGUGCUGCACCGUCUUCUCCUGCUGCUGUUGCUGCUGCUGUUGCUGUUUCUGCUGCGGGAAGUGCAAGCCGCCGGAGGAGGAUGAUCACUACCAGUAUGUGGACCCAGAGGACCUGGAGGCCCAGAUCAAAGCAGAGACGGACGGAGGUCCGCGUGCCCCUAUCGUGAUCCAGCCGCAUUCCAUCACCGUUGAGGUUCCAGAGACCUCCCAGCCUGCAGCCAGCCAGCCCACCUCCAAGCCCCAGCAGUGACCCUCCCCUCCCAGCCCCGUGUACCCGCUGGAGCCCUCCCCUUAGGUGGGCACGGCCCCCCGUGGGCCCCACCCUGGAGCCCCCAGCAGUCAGCCAGGCCAGCCGUCACCACAGCCAGGACUCACCAGUGCCAGUCAACCAGCCAGCCAGUCAACCCCCCAUACUGUGGCAAAGGUCCAACCAAAUGGACAUGAGCGGCACGCUGCCAAGAGACCAGGACUUCUUAUGACUUGAUAUAUAUAUGUCUAUCUACCAAACUGAGGAUUAGAACAAACUCCUAUCACUCCAUUUUAUCCCUCUGUUUCAAUCCUCCCUCGUCUAUCCUCCCCUGCUCUCUUUCUCCCUCUUGGACUCUCGUCUCUGUCAGAGCUCUGGGAUUGGAGACUCUUCAAGUUCAGUCUGAGUUUUUAGAUUUAAAUAGCCUGACUCAAACCUUCCACCUCCCGGAGACUAAAGCAUGGAUCAGAGGAUGUGCAUGUGUUAAGUUUGAUCUGCAUGCCCCUACUGUACAACACUGGCACAUACAUACCCCUCUACUACAGCCACCACCACCAUCUUACCCCUGUCAGUGAUUCCCCCAGCUCCAGCCAGGUGCACUUACAGAAUGCUGCACAACCAAGGGUCUCCACCUCCACCUGAAUGAGACCCAGAAGUGGGGCCGACAUUUGAGAACAGUGAAAAUGUCCUGUGGAAAACUUCUGCAUUUCUAACAGAAAAAUGUGCUGACUGCUUUAUUUAAUUGCUAAUUGAUGUGACAAUUAUGUUAGUUAGACCAAAGCCAAACUACAUGCCACUAACUCCAUGCGUUCAGUAGCCACUAGUUACUCCUCAUGCCACUAGAGCCAACCUGAGAGGAUUGUGCCAUUGAGGUGUAUGCAUUUUAGUCUACUAUGCACUUUUGAAACCUGUGAAUUGGGUAAAUGGUAAUUUCUGAUGGACUGUCGGCUAUCUUAUGGGUCCAGCCAACCAGCACUGCUUACUGAAACAGUCAGCACACUUCUCUCUGUAUUCGAUGGAACUGACAGAUGGAAACAGCUAGCUGACUGCAACCCGGCUACUUAUCAAACGUCUCCCCUCUCAAAUGGUGGUUUUGCUUUGCGUUCUCAUAGUCUGAUGUUGUAACAUGGAGAUACAGGUGGGUAUGUACUGUAGGGAUCUGUGUUUGACCCAGCUACUAAGUGCACUCUAUGCCACAUUCUAGAGUGACAAUUAUGUUCUCUGUAACGCCUACAGAGAGAUCCCAUCACCAAUGAUUUUGAGACUUUUCAGAUGUUGAUUUGACUUUGAAGAAAUAACACACCAGGGUGUUUUCCAUGGGGUUUUGGUGGACUGAGGCAUGUUGAGUAUUUUAUGGGCUAAAGAUGCACAUGCCUACUAUUUACAACUAGGCAUUAGUCCUCCCGUUCACUCCUUUCUAUAGUACGGUCUCUGUGAUGAGAUGAUGCAAUGUCACACAGCAGGGUUAGGGUCUGUACAGAUCACACAACCGGCCAUUUGUACUUCAGUACAGCUCUCUUUAGGAUCCUGGGGGUGCAGAGUCGGCGCUUUCUCAAAUGUACUGUAAUCAGAAUAGUGAAAAAGUGAAGCGAAUGGGUGCCACAUUGUUAUUGCGAAUCAGUCAGUCCCAGUGGUGGUGGGGGGGGGGGUAGAGCAUUGUACAAAGUCUUUUGGUUUGUUCAUCUAGUGCUGUGGUCAGUCAGUCAUCCCCUCCCAGUUUCUUUGUGGUUGGUCAUUUGAAAAGGGCAUUCUGUGUUUCCUAAAGAGGGACUGGUACAUGGUGUUAACCACCUCGUGUAUUGGCUGAAGAACAACCCUAAAGUUAGACUAAACUAAAAUCAUGUCAUCAAAUGAUGUCAAGCGUUUUGUAGCUUUGGAUGUUUUUUUCUCCUGAGUUUUCAUAGAAGUGAUUUAUCAGUAGCUUCAAUUUCUUACUGGAAUUUAUGGCACUUUUUUCUCCCCUUCAUUUCACUAAGUUAAUAGCCAAACCCCUCCUGAUUUUUUUUUUUUUUUUUUCAGUCUGUUGGUUAUGCUUUUUCGAAAACGAUAGUAAAUCGGAUGCAUUUCAACAUAACAGUGCAGUAUCUAUCCCCAGGGUUCAGAGAGGAGAAAUACCUUUUAUUUAUUCUGGUGAUCCUUAUCUGCUGUAAAUAAUAAUCACUAUGUGUGUCACAUGCAAAUAACAUUGUAAUAAGGUUGUUUUGAGAAUCUUUGUUGAAUGGAAAAUGUUUUAAGAAUCAACCCCAUAUACAUAGUGUACAUUGUCUAUUUUUUAUUUAUGUCAAACUGAAAGAGCUGUUAAAAAAAAAAAGUUUAAAAAAAAAAACAAAACAAGUUGACAGUUGGGAAGAGAGGACCCUAGACUAGCCAACAUGGUCCUCCCAGGAGGCUGGGCAACUGGUUGACAGAGGUAGGCAGGCUGUCCUAACUGGCUAGGCCACCAUGGUGCUGGUCUACAGUAGCAGACAGACAGGCAGUGUGUAUCGGUCUGCCCUGAGUGUAGGGGGCAAUGAUGUCUCCAUCUCAUCUCUCUUCUAGGACACAGGGUAAUGUAUGAUGACUCUGCCACUGAAAUGAUUGAUUGUAGUUUUGUCGAUGUUUUCAUUGUCAUUCAUUCAUCAUGUCUCAUGGACAAAAAUUAUCUGUAAAUGUGUAUUUAUAUAAUGAAAUUAAAAGAAGGGGGAUUUGUACAA